GUCUGCCUUACACAUCAACGUGCACCGUUGUUCGUGGUCGAGAUGUGCCUCCAAGCCAAUCAGCUACAGCCUUACUGAUAAAAGAACCAAUUGCCACUUCGUUUAGAAGGUCAUGACAGGCGUGUAGCUGCUGUUUUGGUCCAGAAUCAGUUCUUUAGUUAAAUCUUUAACAUCACCAAUGACGCCACAGGAGAAAACCAAAGUGGUUCUUCUGGCGUGUGGGUCUUUCAACCCCAUCACUAACAUGCACCUGCGUAUGUUUGAGCUGGCAAGGGACCACCUGGAGGACACUGGAAGGUACCAGGUGGUGAGAGGUAUUAUCUCUCCUGUAGGGGAUGCCUAUAAGAAGAAGGGCCUGAUAGAGGCCUGCCAUCGAGUGGAGAUGGCCAGACUAUCUACAGAGAACUCUAGCUGGAUCACUGUUGACGACUGGGAGAGCCAGCAGGCAGAGUGGGUGGAGACCGCCAAGGUUGUCAGGCACCAUUAUACUGAACUGAUAUUGGCGGAGAAGAACCAUGACCAGGUGGACACUGUGAAGCCUGUGAAGAGGAGAAGACUGGAGGAGAUUGAGGAUGUGUGUCAGAGUUCCUCCGCAGAUCACAACAGAUCAGAUGCUCCUGAGCUGAAGCUGCUUUGUGGAGCUGACUUGGUGGAGUCCUUUGAUCGGCCCAACCUGUGGAAGCCAGAGGACAUUGUGGAGAUUGUGGGCCGCUACGGCCUGGUGUGCAUCACCAGGAGCAACUCUGAUGCUGAGAAGUUCAUCUACCAAUCAGACGUGCUGCAUAAGUACCGCAAGAACAUCCACCUUGUUAAAGAGUGGGUGACCAAUGAUGUCUCAGCCACUCACAUAAGACGGGCGCUGCGCAGAGGCCAGAGUGUGCGCUACCUGCUGCCUGACUGUGUGGUGGACUACAUCCAGGAUCAGCGCCUGUACAGUGCGGAAAGCGAGGAGAAGAACACUGAUGUUAUCCUUGCUCCUCUUCAGAGGUACACCAAGAAUACAGACUACCUGAGUCAGGCUGUUUCCCACACUCAAUCGCGUCUGUACUGCUGCAGUCACUCUUACCUGUCACCUGAAAAAAUGCCUGCCAGCCUCUGCGGUACAUGGGACAUGCUCAGCAAUGUCAACUUUGAAGGAUACAUGAUUGCUCUGGGGAUUGGCUUGUCCACUCGGAAGGUUGCCCUGAGACUAAAGCACCGCAAAGUGAUUGAGAAGAUUAGCGAGGUUUACGUGAUCAAAACUCUCAGCACCUUCAAGAACUACGCCCUCUCCUUCCGGAUAAAUGAAGAGUUUGAUGAAUACACCAAAGGCUUAGAUGGCAGGCACUGCAAGUCUGUGGUGACUUGGGAAGGGAACAGGAUGGUGUGCACUCAGAAGGGAGAGAAGAAGAACCGAGGCUGGGCUCACUGGAUUGAGGAUGAUAAGCUGCACCUGGAGCUGUACUGCGAAGGCCAAAUCUGCAAGCAAGUCUUCAAACAGGUGGCUUAAAAAAAUAACAAGAGUUUGUGAUGAGGAUGGAGUUUUUAUUAAAGCAUUAAGCUUUAAUAACACAGAGAAUGGAGGGACCAUGAGUUCUAUCUUCUCUCCCACGAUACGUGUUCAUCAGAAGAGUACAUACAAAGAGCCUCAAGAUGAGCAUCUGUUAUCAAUGUGGUGCACAUGACAACUCAACUACUGGAGGGCCACUAUGCGGGUUUUAGUGUUUUCCUUCCUGUUCCAAUCCAGAUUCAACUCAUUAGCUAAUUCAGGUGUGCUGGAACAGGGAAAACUCAAAACAGUGCUGUGUGUUGCUUCAGAUAUGCAGGUUUCCUUUAGCUAUGGCGCCACUAGAGGGAGACAUUACAUUUAAAAUAGUCGAUAUGAGUCCCAUCAUGAUGUCAGUGAUCAGCUGAGGCAGCAUUUUGAAGUUUUGUUAUUUUCUUUCUUCAUUUAUCUCCUGAUUAUACAUCCAACUAGAAUGGGAGCACUUAAGGCCCUGAGUGGACUUGGCUCACAACUUCCAUCUACACAAUAAGCAGUGCUGCUUUUGAAUGUAAAUACUAAUAUGCUUUUUUGAAUGUAAAAAGAAGUGUGAUAACUUGUUUUUAUAUAUUAUGAAGGAAAAAAUGAACGCGUGUCAUGAAUUGUUCAAACCUACCAAGCAUAUGAACUAUUGUAAAGUCUAUGAACUGGAGAACAUUUACAAUAAAACUAAGAGCCAGUG